UAAAAUAAUUGAAGCAGAAAAUUGGUUGAUUCUUUAUAACAGAGCAAGUCUAGUAUUUUUUUUAAUGCAAAUGAAGGUCAACUUUUAGAAAAUUUAAUAUGACUUCUACAGUCAUUUUAAUUUUAAUUAUGUUUUUAAACGGUAUCGAAAGUAAGCGAAAAAAUAAAUAUCAACCGUUAUCCGUGUGCAAACCUAACUCGUAUUUUUUUCUGGGAUGCAACAUAUGUCGAUGUGAUGAUGAAGGAGUCAUAAACCAACAAUUCUGUACAAAAAGAAAAUGCCCAUCAUAUACACGACGAACUUACAAUGUCGACGGAAGCUGUGAAGCCGGAAACUGGUACUCUUCAGAACCUUGCCAAAUCUGUUAUUGUAUUUUCAAAAGCAAAUUAAUUUGCAACAGCGUAGCAAAUCAGGAUAAACUCCAACUUGGUAAAUUUGAUUUUUCCAUAUGUGGAAAUAACUAUUUGGAAGCAGCAUCGGAGUUAUUUCCGAACCAUAGGAAGAAGAAAAGUGUUAUUAAAAGUGUAAAUAAUAUAGUAACAACAACAACAACGCCCGUACCUGAUUUAAAUACUGAUGAAAUGCUCUUAAAUUUAUUAGAGAGUCAACGAAAAGUUAAUGAUAAUAACUUGUUUUAUAAGAUAAAUGAUAAACGAGAAUCUAAGCAUGGUCUGUUAGAAGACGAGCUAAUCAAGCACCCAAUAGAUAUAGAUUCAAUAAUAUCUCAUAGAUAUAACAAUGAUGACUCGUCUAUGGGUCUUGGUGCUUUAAGUCUUAGGCGUGGUAAAGUGAAGCUUAUAGAUAAAGAAAAAUGUACCCCGGGAGAGUCUUUCGCAAGGAAUUGUGAGACUUGCUAUUGUCUACAAAAUGGUAAACUGUUGUGCGUACAAAGAAAUUGUGGUAAAACUAAUUGAAAUGGCUGAAAUAUACGGAAUAAUUAAAAUUUGA